UCCUCGCCCUUGCUAUUCAUUAAACUGAUUUCAAUCUCAACUGCUCAAUUUACAAGAAACGAAAUUAGCCUCUCUUCCUUAACUCGUCUUCGACUCUCUACAACUACGCUCAUUUAUUCUUCUAUACUGGACUUCUUAGAUCAUAACACACUCUCAACCUUUUAUUCAAAAUUCUCUUUUUAAUCUUAUGGGCAUUCUCAAUAUUCCAUUUUUGCCUUAUUUUCCCCAAAUUAACAAAAUCCAUUAUCAAAAAACUACAACUCCGCUAAUCAUUUCCUGCAAUUCUAAUAACCCCAGAACUGAGGAAGACAAGAAAGUUAGGAUAAGCCAAUUGGGGUUACUUAAUCUUUCUGUUACACUCAGUGUAAUAUCAACUUUACUUGCACAACCCGCAAAUGCAGCAAAAGUGUCUGAACAGAGGUGUUUGACGAAAAAAAUUGAAGCUUCAACACCAUAAGAGUUGAAAAAAUGGCCACAAGGUCUUCCAACUGUGAGCAAUAGGAUACCUUAUACAGAAAUAUUGGAUUUGAGAAGUGGAGCGAAACUUAAGCAUAUAAUUAAACCACCUAAUGUUGGGUUAAAGCAAAGGCCAGAGGUAGUUUUAGCUUUUUUAGAUGAUUCUAAGCUUGUUAAAAUUCUGUUACCUUCUGUUGAGAGUGAUCCAAGAUUUUGGGCUGAAUGGGAUGAGUUAAAAGUUGAUGGAUUUUGUGUGUGAGUCUCUUCACCACCAUUGAAAAAACCUGAGCUUCCUUCGUCUUAUUUGGGGUUCUUGUCAAAGAUUCCAGCUUGAUUUUUUUUUUGUGAAGGCCAAGCCAUAGUCGAAAAAGGCCUUGGAGUUGAAGAGGGCGAGAGAAGAAUUAAAAAGAAGGCAAAAGCAGGAGUUGGAGAAGAUGCGAAACGAGAGAGAGGAUGAAGAAGGCAAUGAAAAUGCAGAAGAAAUUGAAAGAGAGGAAAAGAAAAGGAGAGUUAAAAAGAAUGAGGUAUGAGGAGUCCUUACGUUAAGCGAGUAGAAGUUCUCAGGAUAUGGCAAAAGUGUGGGAAAACUUAGCUAGUGAUUCAAAUGUUGCCACUGGUCUUGGUUUGAUUUUCUUCUACAUAUUUUAUAGAACUGUUGUAUUUAGUUAUAGGAGGCAGAAAAAGGAUUAUGAGGAUAGGUUGAAGAUAGAGAGAGCAGAUGAUGAGAAGAAAAGGAAGAUGAUGGAAUUGGAGAGGGAAAUGGAAGGGAUUAAGGGUGUUGAUCAUGACGAAGAAGAAGGAAGGAAAGGGGAGGAAAAUCCUUAUAUGAAGAUGGCUAUGCAAUUUAUAAAGUCAGGUGCUCGUGUUCACAAAGCACGCAAUAAGAAACGUCCCCAGUAUUUAGAUAGAGGUGUCAAUGUUUAGUUCUUUGAUAUUGCUGGUCUUGGAAAAAUUAGGGAGAAGCUUGAGGAAAAUUUCAAACUAUUGCAGGGAGAUGAAUUGCAGGCGAAGAGUCAAAA